AAAUUCCAGUACUUCAAAUAGCAUCUGAGUUACAAAAUCAUGAGUCAGGCCAGCAAAUAUCCCAGUCUUUAGAUUCAGUCAGUCACUUUACACCUGAAAUACAGCCUGAGUCAAUCUCGAAUAAUUUACCAAAUUACUUUGCUCCCUCAGAGGUAAUGCCUAAAAAUGGACUUAUCCUAGACCAGGUAUCUUCUGUUAUGAAAGAGGCACUAGAUACUGAAACAAAACACAAUGCUGAUGUGCCACUCUUUGAUCUAAAAUUGAAACAGAUAGAAGAGCUAAACAUGCAGUCUCAGGAUCAUUGUUUUUCAGAUGAGUAUGUAAGUGAAACUCCAACAGAAAGCAGGAGUUUGUACAAUGUUAACGGUUUCCACAAAGAUGACAAACCUCAAAUGACUGGUGAUACCCAGAGCAGAAGUGUAGCUGAAAUUGAUUUGAUUGGAAUACUUGCUCAGGAAAAACAGCAGACACACAGCAAACAUCACAGUGUUUUACCUGGUGUAGAGAUGACAGCAUCAAAUGCAACAUUUAAAGAAGCAUCUGAACAUCUAAACCAGAGCCCAAUUGAAUCAUACUCUCUAGAUAUGUCAAAAAACAGAAAUUUAGCAAGUGAAACAACAUCUACAAAGAAGAGGGAAUACAGUUCAGACAUUUCCCCUUCAGUUACUCAAAACAGCAUGAGUCAAGACUCUUCCACCAUCAAUGGACAGAUCUCACAAAUGAAGACAUCUUCUAAAUCCCUUGAGCAAACCACUCUAAUUGACACGGAGACCCAUGGGACCAUCUGCCAUGAAAAAGACACAAAAACUAUAGAGGAGAAAAUACUUCAGAGCGACUCAUUACUAUCUUUAAGUGAAAGGAGCACAGAUGUAUUCCCAUCACCAAUGGUACAUGAACCAAACUCCGAUCAGUCAAUCUCCACCAUGACCCCCACGGAUUCUGUCUUGUCCCCUUUAACAUCUAGUUCGUUAGACUGCCUCACACCUGAAAACUCAUGGGUGGGUGGAGAAAGCAGCGGAUGGAGGGCCCUGGGAAGUGAAAUGCCACACCGGGACUCUGCCUACUUCUCUGACAGUGACUUGGAUGGUGGAGAAGGUUUAGGCAGAAGAAGUACCGAUGGACUUGGCUCUUCCCGUCCAGGAGGCGUUCGAGUGGGAGGAAUAUUGAUGGGAAUUGAGGAAAAAAUGGAGAUUGAGGAUGAUGGAGCACAGGAGCAUGAAGAUUUUGAAAAGGAGGGGAAAAUGAAACAGGUUAUCCAUGAAUUUUGGGUUUCGAAUAAAUCAGAUAAUGUUGGAACAGAUGAAAUAAGAAAUUUGGAGAGUAAUAUGGUAGAGAAGGGUCUCAAAAAUGCUGUUAAUACAAUUGUCUCGGGAGACUCUCAGAAUGAAGGCAAUGCUGAGUAUAUUGCCAGGUUAUUCUCCAAUGGAAAGGAUGAGCCAAUUAAAGUAUUUUCAUUUAGUGACAGCUCCCUUAACUUCCCAAACUCAUCUCCUGUUAAGAAUAAUGAGCUGGUCAUGUCCCAAACAUGUUCAAAAGAGACAACGUUUCAUGAUUCAGGUUGUACAGACAUUGGCCUGCUUUCCCAUUCAGUCUCAAAGUCUCAAAAAAAGGAAGAAAUCAUUGAACAUUGUGCUUAUUUGCAAACUGCUAACCAUAAAGAGGCAGGUUGUACAUCACCUGAAUUCCCUAAUUCUGGAAGUGACCAUGAGCAGCCAUCAGACAAAAGUAAAUCCAGGUUAUCACGGUUUUAUAGCUUACAGUCUGUUUAUUCUAAAUGCAUCAGCAGCACUGAUAUAAACACAGACCUCAGCAAUGAUGACACAAAAUGCACCCUGACCAAUUUCGUCUGGUCUGAAACAAAAGCUGAACAACCCUCAGGAGAGGUGAGGAACACGCUUGAUAAACAAGACUCUGAUGCAAAUGAACUUGGCUUGAGAAACCUCUCUUGUUUAGAGGAGAAUGAGGAUGAGCAGACAAAAGAGAGGUCUGAAAGUCAGUUAGCUGUAGGUGAACUCUGCUUCACUGUCAAGGAAGCCUCACAAAAUUCUGCAGAUGAGCAAGUCAGCUGUGUGGAGACUUCAAAAGUUGAAAGUUCUGAUGAGUUCAGCAGGGGUGCCUCUAUGGGACUUGAACUUAAGGAAAAAGAGUUGUGGAGCGCCCUCGAGGAAGAUUACGGUACAGAAGAGACUGUCAGUGGUGAAAUCAACUGCCACAGAUUUCAGCAGGGUGAGCUGCACCUUUGGCCUGUGGAAAAUGAUCAAUGGGCUGCAGCCGAAACCCGGACACAGGAAGCAGGACUUGGAUCGGAGCUCUUCCCAAGUUUUGAGAAAAAAGCCUGGGCAGAGGAAGAACACUUAGUGGUGAGCCAUGAAUUCUGGGAAUCUGAAGCAAAUGACGAACUUGCAGAUAGUGAGUCUCAUCCAUCUGCUCAGAGAAUAUGUGAAGAUACCUUUAAUGAUGAGAGCCUUGGACAGGUUGGUUCUGAAAAAUAUGAACUGAUCCUUUCUGGUGGGAUAAAAGAAACUUGUAUAUCUCAGCAGACACCUGUAGAAGGGUUAGACUUCCAGCAAGAUGAGAACAUGGAAAAUCCAGACAUGGAAAAUAGAGAACCAGAGCUGUAUACUAGCAAUAUUAAGAUACAAGUUGAAAAUUUGGAGAACCCAGAGCAGGAGGCACCAGUACAUCACAGACCUGCUGAGAUGAUGAUUCAUGAUACCGAGAAUUCUGAGGCAUAUUUACAAAAUGAUGUGGGAGAUGAAUUCUAUGGGGAUGAAGAUGAUAAAGAAUUCUGCAGGCUUGAGGAUAGCAAAAACAUGGUAGGUGUAAGAGGUUGCAUGACUCACUCUCCCUCACUUUCCACUACAAACCAUGCUCAAACUGUUGAGUUUGAAUCUCUACAAUACCAGAAAGAAUCUCUCUCUAGUCACAGCAACAAUUUGCCAAGGGAUCAAAUUGAAGCUGAAUGGGCACCCAAAACUGAAGCAAGCAAAGUGCUGGCCGGAGGCCUUGAGGAAUGUAAAUCCUGCACAGUAGAUAUGUCAAACUCAACUAGUGCAAUUAACCUGGAUGAUAGUUCUCACCUCAUGUCAGUGUAUCCAGAGCUUCACAAUACUGAAACAAGUAGACAGGAUGCUGAAAGUAUUAACUGCCCUGCCAUGAACAGGAAAGGACAAGCUGAAGUUUUUUUGGAAAAAGAAAGAUCCAAUUCUCCAUCUUUCCCAAGUGUAACCAUUAGUACAGACCCAGAGCCAUGUAAAAUCCACAGUAGCAAUGUUCAGUGUUCAGCACCAUCACUGAUUUCAAUGGAGCUAUCAGAAUGUGUUGCCUCCCCACAUACAGAAGUGGAUAAGUGCCAAAAUCUAAGUAGUUUCCCAAAUACAGUUCACCACAUAGAAAUAAAGACCAGUAAAAAUCUGUCUUGUGGCACAGAUCAAGCUUCUAUUAAAGGAUGUGAAGUUGAUGACUCAUCAACUUCAGGCUGUUUUGAUGAUGCUAAUUUUCUAAAUCAGUAUCUUGAAGAACGUGCUGCCAGUACCAUUACCCACAACAAAGGUAUCACUGCAAAUUUGGGACAAAAAACGCACACCUCUAUCAUAAAGGAAAACCUCAUUCACCCAGAAUCAAACAAUGUACGAGUGGAUGACAGAAAUAGCCUGUCCCAGAAAGCGGCCCAUCCACCUCUAUCACAGUGUCAUCUGAACUCCAUCCCGGAGUUGUUAAUCUCUGAGUGGAAGGAUUUGGAUGAGGAGCCUCUGGAGGAUUUUGAAAAACUGGAGCAGUUGUGCUGCAUUUCUGGGGAUGAAGAUACUCUUGGAGAUCUGUUUUUAGGAAACUUGGAUCUGCUUGAAUCUUUGAAGAAAUAUCCAGAGCAGAGAACGAGUGGUGCUAGUGGCAUAAAAAGCCAAGAUGAAUCAGCAGUUUCAGAGGGGAAUACAAGAGCAGAGUUAAAAGAGGAAGUCGAUAGGAUAUUGAAAAGUUCCACUGCUGUCUUGCAGAACUCGGAGCAAUGUGAAAACAUUUCUCCAAAUUUCCCAGGAGAAGCUGAGCUGUCGCUGGAGAACAGAACAGGGCAACAUGGGCCAACAGCUGUCUCACCGUGCCAUUCUACAGAUGGUUCCAAAGGGCAGAGGUCACUCUCGAAAAUGCAGACAAAGAAUGGAUUGAUGAUGCAGGUUUGUAAGGAGAAGCUUCAGUACUCUCUCAGUGAAAAUGUUAAAACCAAUGUUCUGUGGGGGUCUACGGUUAGUGACAGUGUGAUUAUACACCCUUGGGGAGCCACUACCACUUCAUCCCCUGAAGGAAGUGUUUCAAACAAGGAAGAAAAGGAGAGUGAAGAGGAGACCCCACCCAUGUCUCCCUCUGUAUCUGUGAGUGAACCUGCUGAAACACAGACAGAAGCACUGACUGUGCUUGAACAGCCUGAGGUUACUCCCUCUCUGUCAGCUGCAAACCAAGCUAUGAAAGCUAAGCUAGCCCGUCUCUCCCUAUCCCUCCCUCCGCUCUCUCUCUCUCUUCCUCUCUCACUGAACCCCAAAGGAGGAUUCUGGGAAGGGCGAGAGCACAGAGGGGGGAGGAGGAGAGGGGCAUCAACAGGAAGUGAUCCAGAUGAAGAUGAAGAAGAGGAACAGGAGGAUGAGUCUCCCAGACGCGUCAUUGUUGUCACAGAAACAGAUGUUGACAAGAGAGUAGGCUUGCGUAGCUUGUUGAAAUCACCAAAGGAGCCAGUGGAUAAAGACAACCGUGACUGUGGGAGAAAUGUGUCAUUUUUUGAUGAUGUCACAGUCUAUCUUUUCGAUCAGGAAACUCCAACCAAUGAACUGAGUUCUGGAUCUGUUAGUUCAUCUCCCCACGGAAAGCCCCCCGACACUGAUGGUUUUGGAGUGGGCAGCCACAGGGCAGCAAAGAGUAAAGAGCAUGCAGUGAAGCCAAGAUCUCCAACUGGAGUCACUUCUGGCUCAUCAUCAAGGUUUACAGUGAGCCCUGCCGAUGACCCACAUUUAGUGUGAUGCAGGGCCAUAGCAAGGAAUUCUGGGCCCCCUGACUGUAUAGUGAUCUGGGCCAAUUUCAUAAUUUAAAAAUACAGUUUAAAAUUUGUUGUGGUCCCCCCUGGGCCCCAAGAAUCAUUAUCAACUUUCACCCCGUUUUCUACGGCCCUGGUGUGACGUACUACUGUUCCCCAAACACCUGGACAAAAUGUUCCCCCUUGGAGUGAAUGAGUGGCCCCCAUUGUCAUCGGUAACUAUGACGACUCCUGGAGGUUAUUUUUUUUUUAUUAAAAGAAAAAGAAGGACCCCCAUUUCAAAAGGCUGGAGACAGUCCAGGUUUUACUCACUGCAGCAGCUGGAGUGGUGAAGCAAUUCCACACAUAGAAAUUACCUUCCAAACAGGCAAAAACCUUGGAGUUAUGUAAAAUCUGACAUGUACUUUUCAGCUAUGCAAUGGGAGUCUUAUUAUGUACCAGCUUAACUGUUCUAUUUUCAUGGCUUCUUAAAGUACAUUUGUAUUUUAUUCCCCUAAAUUAUAGGGUUGCACUUUCUCUGACCAGUACCUGUCAAUUUGUGAGCUUAGAAAUAUUGACAUUACGUUUGUUCUCAUUGCAGUCAGACAUUAUUGUAGUUUGUGGUUGAGGGGCUCUCAAAUCAGUGCAGUUUUCAUUCAGCAUUUGUACAAACUAAACAUGAAAUUGCAUCAGAAUAAAAACUCAUUUUAAAACUAUUUAUUUUAAAUGUAUUCUUUAGUAUGCACGAAAACUGUUUAUAUAUUUUUUUUAUUGCAAGUUGUUAGUUAUUUCUGUAUCAAAUUUGUUUACUUAAUUGUUUAUUUAUUCAGCUGUUGUUUUUUCCUUUAAAUAUUUGUUUGUUUGUUGGCCUCAUACGUUAAAGUAAAUUGCAUAUUUACUUUACUUGCAUCAAAUUAUUUUGGAUUUAUGGCAUUUGCCAAUUAAUCCUAUUAACUAGAGCCUCAAACAUUUAUCCUUGCAUAUGUACAAACACUUGGAAAUGUUUUUUCUUAUUUAGCUAUUUAGAUGUCAGUCUGUAUCUAGUUGUCCAAUAAUGUGUCUCUCUGCAGGUGUUAUUUUCUAAUAAUGUAUCUGACAUUAGCUUUUCCUUUAUUCAUUUUUGAAGCAGUCAUUGUUGCUUGGCAUGAAAAAAGAGUGAAAUCAGCAUACAUGAAUAUUAGUUUACUAUUAAUACAUUUUCAUUUGUCGAUCUUAUCAUUCAUGCAAAUGUCUGAGGUAAUCCAGAUUAUUUGUUACAUCACGUUCAGCAUCUGUUUCAUUUAGAGGUUUCUUAUUCCGUAAGAGGGAGUGAAAAUAACAUGGAAACUGUGAAACAUUUAUUGAACUG